CAAUACAAACCAAACCUUACAAGCUUCCUCACUCCAAUGGAGAAUUGCCAUUUUCUGGUUGUGACAUUUCCAGGCCAAGGCCAUAUCAACCCUACCCUCCAAUUCGCGAAACGCCUAGCAAAACUAGGCGUUAGAACGACAUUUUCAACCAGUCUUGGUGCAAUCAACCGCAUGAACAGAGCCUCAGAUUCGUUACCAGAAAAAUUAAGCAUUGUUGCUUUUUCUGAUGGUUAUGAUCAUGGCUGGACUACUGACGAUGAUGUUCAAAUAUAUAUGACUUCUCUGAUUACUCGUGGCUCCCAAACCCUGAAAGACCUCAUCAUGGCUCAGAGCAAUGAGGGCCGUCCAAUCACUCAUGUGGUCUACACCACACUUAUGCCUUGGGUUGGUCAAGUUGCUCGUCAACUUCAGAUUCCAUCAACUCUUCUUUGGAUACAGCCGGCAGCUCUUUUCCAACUCUACUAUUGUUUCUUCAAUGGCUGUGGGGAAGUUACUGGAGAUAUAUCUAGCAGUAAAACAAUUAAAUUACCCGGAUUACCAACACUAGCUAGCCGAGAUCUCCCCACAUUUUUUCUGGCUUCAAAUCCUGAUGUCUACAGUUUUGCUUUGCCCACGAUCAAUAAACAUUUUGAACUACUCCAAGAGGAAGAAACGCCAAAAGUUCUCGUAAAUACGUUUGAUGCUUUGGAAUCUGAGACUCUCAUGGCUGCUGUGAAGUUGAAGCCGGUAGCUGUUGGACCUUUGAUUCCUUCAGCUUUCUUAGAUGGAAGGGAUUCUUCGGAUUCUUCGUUUGGUGGUGACUUGCUUCAGGAAACGAAAGAUUGUGUCGAGUGGCUGAAUUCCAAGAAUGAUGCAUCUGUUGUUUAUGUAGCAUUUGGGAGUUUCGCAGAUGUACCAUUAAAACAGCUAGAGGAAAUUGCUCAAGGGUUGCUGCAAAGCAAGAAGCCAUUUUUGUGGGUGCUUAGGAAGUCUCCCAAGGGUGAGAAACUGGAGGAAAAGUUAAGCUGUAAAGAUGAAUUGGAAAAGCAAGGACUGAUAGUUUCUUGGUGUUCACAAGUGGAGGUUUUGUCACACCCUUCUGUGGGAUGCUUUGUGAGUCAUUGUGGAUGGAAUUCUUCUCUAGAGAGUUUAGCUUCUGGGGUGCCAGUUGUGGCAAUUCCUCUCUGGACAGAUCAAACUACCAAUGCAAAAUUUAUUCAAGAUGUUUGGAAGACUGGGAUAAGGCCUACGGCCAAUGAAGAAGGAACUGUUGAGGCUGAUGAGAUCAGAAGAAGCGUAGAAAUUGUUAUGGAUGGUGGGGUGAGAGGUGAAGAGAUGAGAAAGACUGCUAAAAAAUGGAGGGAGUUGGCUGUAGAAGCUGCCAAAGAUGGAGGAUCCUCCAGCCGUAAUGUCAAGGCUUUUGUGGACGAGGUUGCAGCUGGUGUUAUUAGAGGAUAAACAUAUUAGCUCACAACUUUAUACUGUACUUUUCUACUACUUAAUAUUGAUUUUAAUUGAUUUAGUGUUGG